GAGAAAUAUUCAACAUAGACAGAACCAGAAAUGGGGUUGAUCAGAACGCCGGAGAUUUCAGAAGAAAAUGCCUCCAUGUCGAGAAAAGCCAUGUCCACCUCCCUCUCAUCUUCCAAAACGCUCCCGUCGCCCUCCUUUUCGUCCCGAGCUUCUCGCAACGGGAAGGUCGCGCCCUUCUCCAACCUCUCCGUUUCGGCAGUGGAGGAGACCUUGCGAAAUGCCGAAUCCGUGAUCAGGAAAUGGGACCUGAACGCGAAAACCUCGUACACCCGGGUCACCUCCCUCUUCCUCCACGACAGGGAAGAAGCCAAGAGCUUCCUCCAAUCCGCCAAAGACCUGCGCGAGGCCAUGCAUUUCCUCGUCGCCAGCCAUUCGGGCUCCGAUAAGCUAGUUCUCGCUCAGAGCCUCACGCAGAUCGCCAUGAAAAGGCUCGAGAAGGAGCUCUACCACAUCCUCUCCACGAACAGAGAACACCUCGAUCCCGAGUCCGUCUCCCGGAAAUCUUCCCGCCGUUCCGACGGUUCCGGAAACGGAAACGGGACUGCUUCCGAUGACGAGCCGGAGGACAACGUCUCCGAAUCCACCAUGGAGGACGUAAAAUCCGUCGUCGAUUGCAUGAUCAGCGCGGGGUAUGGCACGGAGUGCAUAAAGAUCUACAAGCUCAUGAGGAAGUCCACCGUCGACGAAGGCAUAUAUCGGCUCGGGAUCGAACGGCUCAAGUCUUCUCAAAUUCAGAAGUUGACCUGGAACUCGCGCGAGCUUCUGAUCAAGAACUGGCUGAACGCAGUGAAGGUCGCAGUGCAGACGGUCUUCAAGGGAGAGAGAAUCCUCUGCGACUACGUGUUCUCUGCGUCCGGCAAAAUCGGGGAAUCCUGCUUUGCCGAGAUCACCAAAGAGGCGGCGAUAAACCUGUUCCGGAUCCCGGAAAUCAUCGCGAGAAUCAAAGGAUCGCCGGAGAGAAUUUUCAAAUUGAUCGAGCUCUAUGAAGCGACCUACGAGCUUUGGCCCGAUAUCGAGUCCAUAUUUAAGUUCGAUUCGACAUUGGAUGUCAAAUUACAAGCCCUCUCUGCACUGGUAAAGCUCGGAAACAUGGUCCAAGUGAUCCUGUCGAACUAUGAAGCCACAAUUCAGAAGGACUCUUCGAAAAUUCUCCCGGAAGGCGGCGGAAUCCACUCGCUGACUCGAUCAGUGAUGGAAUUCGCGACUUCCCUCACAAAAUGCAGCUCGACUCUCUCCGACAUCUUGAUGGACCAUCCACCACCGGGAAAUUUGAAUCUGCCGGAGUCCUACUUCAAUGGUCUUAGCGCAGGCGAUAUCCCGAUGUCGCCGGUCUCAGUCCGACUAGCAUGGCUAAUCCUCGGGCUGUUGUGCAAGCUUGACGCCAAGGCCGAGCUCUACAAGGACGUCUCGCUCUCCUACCUAUUCCUCGCGAAUAAUCUGAACUUUAUAGUGGAAGAGGCGAGAUCGACGAACCUCAAGUACCUGCUCGGGGACGAGUGGGUCGCGACACACGCAGAGAAGGUAAGGCAGUAUGCUGCGAGCUACGAGGCGGCAGCCUGGAGCAAGGUCCUCUCAUUGCUGCCAGAGGUGGCGGCCGACGGAGGAUCGCCAGUAAUGUCGCCGAAGGCGGCGGGGGCGUGUCUCCAGAGGUUCGGCGCGGCGUUCGAGGAGGAGUACCGGAAGCAGAUGUCGUGGACAGUGCCGGAUGGGAAGCUGAGGGACGAGAUCAAGGUGUCCAUAGAGAGGAAGCUCGUGCCGGCGUACAGGCAGUUCUGCGAGACGUGCUUAGGGAUCGCAAGAGGUGAUGCAGAGGUGGAAAGGAAACUCGUGAGGUUCGGGGCGGAUGAUCUGGGGAACUACUUGCCGGACUUGUUCCACGGGACGGCGGUUUCAGGGGGUUCGCAGUCGCCGUCAUCUCGGCCUCGAGGGUGUUUGCUUCGGUGAUUUGAAUUGGAUCGACUUGUUUCGUUCUUUCGUACGACGGUGGAGGAUGUGAAUAGAAUAAACUUCUCGACGAUGAGUCGUCGUCGUCGGCUGCUUCUUUCCGAUUCCGUUAACCCUGAAAAUUGUCCUGGGAAAAUAAGUAUCUGUUUCAAAUGGACAAU